GUGGAGGAGAGCGCCUAUGCCUCAGGAAGAGCAGGCAUUCCGGAUGGACACCCCACCCUCUGAAGAACCGUUAGAUAAGCAAAACGAAAAACUGGAAAACCAGGAAGAGGAGAUGGAGUUUAAGGAACUGGACGGUCUGAGGGAAGCCUUGGCAAACCUCCGGGGCCUGUCCGAGGAGGAGAAGAGUGAGAAGGCGAUGCUUUGCUCCCGCAUCCAAGAGCAGUCCCAGCUCAUCUGCAUCCUGAAGCGGAGGUCAGACAAGGCCCUGGAACGCUGCCAGAUCCUGGAGAUGCUCAACACAGAGCUGGAGGAGAAGAGGAUGCUGGAGGCCCAGAAGCUGAAGGCCAAGAGUGAGCAUGCCCAGAAGCUGGAGGAACGCUUUACGACCCUGGCAGCCAACCACGAGUUGAUGAUCCGCUUCAAGGACGAACACAAGAAUCAGAACGUCAAGCUGAGAGAGGAGAACGACAAGCUGAGGCUGGAGAAUGACAACCUCUUCAGCCAGGCUCUGAAGGACCAGGAGGCCAAAGUAUUGCAGCUCACGGCCCGGAGCGAGGCCCUCACCAAGGAGCUGGAGACUCUGAAACAGAGGUGUGCUCAGGACGCCUUCCAGGCACAGGCCCGAGAGACGGAGCUGCUGGAGCUGCAGAGCCAGCAAGCCCGCGCCCACACCAGGGAGACAGAGCAGCUGCGCAGCCAGCUGCAGAGCCUUAAGAAGCAGCACCAGCAGGCCAUGGAGCAGAUGGCAAAGGCUGAGCAGGCGCGCAGCAGCCUGAACCAGGAGCUGCAGGCCAGGCUACAGACCGUCACUCGCGAGAAAGAGGAGCUGCUGCAGCUGUCCAUGGAAAGGGGCAAGGUGCUUCAGAACAAGCAAGCGGAGAUCCGCCAGCUCGAGGAGAAAUUGGAGACGGCAGAUGUGGCCAGGAGACAGGCUCUAGAGCGAUUUGAGCAAGAGGCAGUGGCCGUGGACAGUAACUUGAGAGUCCGGGAGCUUCAGCGCAGGGUAGAUGGGAUCCAGAAGGCCUACGAUGAACUCAGGCUGCAGUCUGAAGCCUUCAAAAAGCACAGCCUGGAUCUUUUAAGCAAGGAAAGAGAACUCAACGCCAAACUCCGCCAUCUCUUUCCAUAAGGAAGCUUUUGCUUGCUCUGGCCUCCAAUUUAGAAUUGAAAUAUUUGUACCUUAGCAUUAUGGCAAAAGUAAAGAUGGUAUUCCAUUUAUUAUACUUUUAAGCACAAAAGGCAACUCAAAGAAAAGCUACUUGACUAUAAUAUUGUUCUUGUUACUGUUUUAAGGCUAACACUAAUUUCCGGUCCUACCACCUAGAAUACACAAGAUUUACCAAAUUUCUUUCUGUGCCUUUGAAAUCUUCCUGUUUGCUAUCAGUAUCUCUGCCUUUACCAUAACUUAUUCAUUAUCAACCUCCGAUAUCUUCUUGUAUCCUAAGAUUUUAAAUUAGCAGCUCCUGUGGAUCUAAGUGAAUCUUAAAUGUGCAAUAAGAUGUGCUAUUGUGAAAAAAAAUCAACAUAAUUAGCCCUUGUAGAUAGGUAAGCUUGUAGUCUCCUGUAGUUGAGAUUUUAAGCUAUAACAGUUAACAGCAUAAUAAUAGCACGCAUUCCAUGCAGAAAAAAGUGUCUGAUUUUGCAACUGGCCAAAUAAUUGCUUGCUUCACCUGCUUUACAGCAGUAAUCUUUUUAUUUUAUGUUAUUUGUGCUAGCUUGGAAAACAAAGAUUGAGACCAUUAAGUUCUUUACCAAAGUAGGCAAACUUUAUUAUAGUCAUUCUAUAUGAGCAGUAUGAUUCAAAUAAGUGAAAUCAACCAGUUCUUAUUUUUCCUGCAAGGUUAGAUCACAUUCCAUUUUCUUGGUUUUUCUCCUUAAUAAAAACAAGAUUUAGAGGUGCAAGAAUGCAAAUAUCAGUAGUUUCAUUUAAUUUUGCACAAUAUGCUAAAAGACAAAAGGCCCCAAUUUAGGGUAACAAGUCAUAGCAGACUGGAUAUGAUACAUAUAGCAACA